AUGGUAGUGAUUAAUACGUUCUUGGAUGAAACAAUCGAUAAUGUUAUCUGCGCCAUGGUGUGGUUCAUCUAUCCAAUCGCUUUCAUGAUCAUCACAGCAAAAUUUCACCCCACGAGGUACCAAGAGAAGAUCAAGGAGCUUCUCUUCUACUGGUACAUCACUGAAGCACUCUCAGGCCGUUGUUCUUGGAUCGAAGUUAAGCACUUGGUAAAUCCUGAGAAAACCUUAGCGUGGAGCAUGAAGAGAAGGGUCAAAAACGGCUUAACUUUGAAGAUCCAAAAUGAGUCUGAGGCUAGAGUUGCAGCAAAGGAAGUCUUCCUAAACGUAGCGAAGCCCGGUUCAGACUUCAUUGAGCUAGGAGAUUUAGCUCGCUUCCUUCCGGAGACUGAUGCCUUGUCGUUUUUGAGCAUCUUCGAGCAGACAUCAAAGGAUGACACAACCCGAAUUAGCACCUCAUCUCGGCUACAACUAAGGGUAAAUAAGACAACCCGAAUCAACUGCUCAGAUCUACUACAUUUUAUGGUGUAUGCUUACAGGCUAGAGAUGUCUCUUGUCUUGUCACUGAAAGACACAGACUCUAUAAUGAACACUAUGAGGAUCACAGUCUUCCUAAUUGCUGUGAUAGCAGAUGUAGUAGCAAUUGUUCCCGUGUACCUAAUGCUAGGCGUAUUCGGAUCCAUGAUCUACACGUUCUUUGUUUUUCUGGUGCUACGUGCUAUAAAACAUUCUCAGCAAUGGAGUUUGAUUCUCCAGUCAACCAUGUUGUUUUUCUUUCGCCAUCCGUAUGCUGUUGGCGAAAAAUGUAUAAACGAUGGAGUGGAAAUGGUGGUGAAGAAAAUAAAUUUCUUAUCAGUAACUUUCGUAGGACUUGAUAUGAAGGAAUAUCAAAUCAGUAGUAGUUAUCUACGGUCCAAGUGGCGCAUUGACCUCUUUCGAGGUAGUUCUAGUUUAGAGAAGAUGCAACUGGUUUUGAGUGAAUCCCAAGAUGCAACGGUCGUUUAA